AAACGAUUGGUAAGUCGUGGACAAGUUGAGAUCGACGGCAGGACGGCUCCAAGCGACAUGCGCCUCAUCACACACAACAUGCUCAUGUGCAACAAGAAGGGGGUGUCGAAUGGCUUUCCGUUGAUCCUCAAGCCCGAAGAGACUGAGAUCGUUGCGUCCGACUUCAGCGCCGAGUUCAUUGUGAAAAUGGUCGACAAACUUGACUGGGCUGCGUUCGUGGCGGGUGCGGCGGCAUUAAACGUGGACGUCCCGAGCACCCCGUUGUCCGCCGAGGACAAGGCAAACGAAGUUGUGCUCAAACAGAUCCAUCAUGCGUUGCUCGACGUGCACGUGAAGAAAGGCGUGCUGGUGUGUCCCGAAUCUGGACGUGAGUUUCCGAUCGUCGACGGGAUUCCCAACAUGUUGCUGCGCGAAGAUGAAGUGUAAUCGACGUAUUUUUCUUAUUACUUUGCCACAACGGUGCGCUCUUAU